AUGGCAGAGUCUACCAGAUCCACCCUCCAAGGAGAUCAGCCGCAGGUCAAGUUACGAUCAGCCUGUGACCGCUGCUCAUCCAACAAAGUCAAAUGUAGUCAGGAGAGACCGGAAUGCCAGCGAUGUCGCUCGCUCAAUCUGCCCUGUCAGUACAGCCGGUCAUUGCGGAUGGGAAAGCCUCCUCGAUCCCGGCAGCGAUUGAGUAAAGCUUGCUGCCACCAUGAUCAUAACAAGGCUGUUCCAAAUCUCAACCUGUCAAAGCCGGUGGCUGUUUCCCCUGCAACAAACCUAGGCGUCGCCCCAAAACCGAAGUUGAACCAUCAAUUGCUCUCCCAAGCCAACGAGCCGAUCAGCACAGCAGUGCCGAGCUGGUUAGACGGCUUCGAUUAUGAGUCGAUCCUGAGUGAGGACAAUCCGUCCAUUCAGCCACUUUCCCCCUAUUUUUCAGACCUACUGGGAGAAUUCACAACCACAGCUCCAGGUCACAAUCACCCGCCUCUACCCAACUGCCCGAACGUCCUGUCUGGUCCGCCGAAGGGGGCCGAAGCAAUUUCCGGGAUGCUAGGGUCCACACACGAAGAUGCAAUAUACGAAGAGGCCUGUACACAACAUCUGGACCAUCAAGGGAACUUGGAGACCCUCACACCAGCCAGCCUCACAGGGCUCGCCUUUCCAGCCAUAGGCAGCAACUCAGACAACCACCACAUUACUCAAACAAAGGCCUCCACUGGACAAGGUCCUUCGUGCUCGUCCGAAAAUGAGUGCGUCCGACUGGCCAUGGAGACUCUGGAAUCGCUGUAUCAAACUUCCUCCUCGGUUAGAUCAUUCGACCCUGGCCCCACCAAGCCAGGCGUUGGUCACUUCCUCCAGGUCAAUGGCAAUGCGAUGGAAGUUGCAGCGACCAUUCUUGCAUGUCCCUGUAUUAAGGAUUUCUGUCUCCUCAUUAUUCUCGCAAUGAUCCCUUGCAAGGUGCUUGCUGGGUAUCAAGCCGUUGUCAACAUGCCCGACCCGCAUAUUCAGGUUGCAACCGACAAGGAAACCGUUUGUCGUCCGAUCGUCGUUGGACCUUAUACGCUAGAUGAAAAGGCAAGCCGCAUGGUGAUUAUCCCGCUUGUUCUCGCCAAGUUGCGAGAGUUGAGCACAUUUGUCCAGACUUAUAUCGACAAGUUCUGCUCCGAUGCCAGCAAGAACCGUCAGGGACAUUGUGGACUGGUAUACCGGACCCUGGGAUUAUUUGUCCUGAACCGGCUUGGUACAACUAUGGAAGGGCUGCAACAGAAAUUGUCGUCCUUGAUGGGAGAUGGGAAAUCCGAAUUCAAGUGA